AUACCGCCACCUCCAUCCUUCCUCCACCACCAUUAGGUGAAAAGAAGAGAUGUCGAAACAAGAGGAAAUGUCUACCAGUCGAGAAUCGCACCGGACUUGCGCCGCGGUAGAAAAGAACAUGUUGACGAGGAGGAAGAGCAGAAGGACGAAAAUGAUCCCGCCGGACGGCGGAUGGGGUUGGGUGGUGCUUUUUUCCGCCCUCGUCGUCAACUUCCUCAUUCCCGGCACUGUCAAGUCCUUCGGCGUGCUUUUCGUCGAGUUUCUGCACGUUUUUAAAGCGUCGUCCACGGCGGCCUCCUGGAUGCCAGCGUUAUGCUACUUUCUGUACAGCUCGUUAGGUCCUUUAUCUAGUAUUCUAUCGACCAAAUACUCCUAUAGAACAGUAACCCUCAUCGGCGGUACCUUUGCGGCCAGCGGCAUGAUGCUGAGCUACUUUGCCAAUUCAGUUACUUAUCUUUACAUCAGUUACGGUCUUAUGGUUGGAAUCGGCGCUGGAUUAUCGUUUCCGCCGACUGUUUACAUCGUUACGCAAUACUUCGAGAAGCUACGAGGGAUGGCGAACGGUCUGUGUAUUUCCGGUAGCGCAAUCGGCACUAUAGUGUUACCACCGUUACUACAGUAUCUCUUGGACUGCUUUGGAUACAGAGGAGCUGUACUCAUCAUGGGUGCGAUCACGCUGAAUACGCUGGUCUGCGGUCUCUUGUAUCAUCCGGUCGAGCAACACAUGAAGAUCGUGCCCCUGGAUGACGGUAUCGAUAACGAAGCACUGACUCUCGACGAGUCUAUUGGCGGAAAGCAGGAGUCGACUGUCGAAAAAAUGGAAGAGGAUGCUAAAUUCGGCGAUGAACCAAUACGCAAGUUUUCGGAUCUUUCGCACAACCAGCACAACGCCGUACUAAAGACCACCAAAAAGGCAUCUUGUAAGCCUGAGAAGGCAUCUUGUAAGCCGCAGAAGAAAUUGGAUUACAAAACGAGUGAUACAGUCGUGGGAUUACGCUACGAUGUCAUCAAGGACGAGAUUCCACGUGAAAAUACUCCAAAUGCGAGUGAAUUUCGCAUGACAAUUCGUCCGAGUCAUGCUAAGGAGGACGACGACGAUCUGAAUAGCGUUACGCAGAAUUUAUCGCGGCGAGGUAGUGCUGAGAAAGACGUUAAGUCGCACUCAGAUUCCUUGCAAAUUGGAAAGAAUCCGAAAGAGGAUAGCAGGAUGCGCGACGAGGAACUCAAACGGGACGAUGUGUGCUCGAAAUUGGCCAAAACGCCGAAAAAGCAUGAAAACAAAAAAGCGCCCUUCUUCGAUCUAAGCGUGUUGAAGGAUCCCAUUUACUUAGUGAUUCUUAUCUCCAACUCCACAUCGGCCAUCAGCAAUACGAACUUUAUGAUCUUACUGCCGUCUUACGCGAUCACCGAGGGCUUUGACAAAAACUCGUCGGCUCUGCUCCUGUCCAUAGUCUCGGCAUUGGAUCUGGUCGGCAGGAUCGGUGGGGCGUCCUUAUCCGAUAUUGACUUCGUACCCAAGUAUUAUUAUUUCGUAGGCGGACUCGGUACCAGUGGGAUCGCUCUGGCGUUAUUACCGAUGGCGACCAGCUACACUAUGCUGUCGUUCUUCUGCGGUCUCUUCGGUCUGUCGUCAGGAAUGUAUAUCGGCAUCACGACCGUCAUUCUCGCGGACAUGUUGGGAACGGAGAAGCUCAGUUCGUCCUAUGGAAUUUCGUUGUUCGUUAAUGGCGUGUUGCAACUCGUCGGACCGCCUAUUUGUGGUGUUAUUUUUGAGAACAUACUGUCGUAUAAGCCGAUCUUUUUAGCCUUCGGAAUCAUCUUGAUUUUGGGUACUGCACUUUGGGCGGUAGUGCCGCUUAUCAACAGAAAUAAAAAAAAGGACAUAGAAGCGAUAUAAAAUUCGCGUAGAUAAUUAGUGUACAGUUUCGACGAAGGUUUUUCGGUGAAUCAAUUUAAGCAUUUUAUAAAAGACUUUAUAUAUUACAAUUGCGAUGAUUAUGUUGUUGGAAA